UUUCGUCUUGUGUGAAGAUCGAUGUUGUCGGUAAAGGCAGCGACUGAUGGGCAUUAGAAGUACUUGCGGGCUGCAAGGGAGCUGAAGCACGUUGAUAUUAUCCUGUGUGGAAGAUGCCUUCUAACCAUGGGGAACUUGUUCUCUUCAUUUUGGAGAUCGUAAAGUUAGUAUAUUGUGACAACUGUUUUGACAUGGCUACUGCUGUGCAGCAUGACAAGUACAUGGAACACCAGAUAUUUAGAAAGUUCAGGAGUCCGUCUCCGUACGCCUGUGCAUCUGCAUGUCUCAUGUCCUCUGCAUGUCUGUCAUUUGGAUUUGAAAAGAAAACGCGCACCUGUCAUCUCAACAGUAACAGCAGUGCUAAUGGAAAUAUUGUUGACAGAGCGGGAUUCCUGAUCAGUGACAUCCUCCACUGGCCCAAGUCCAUCGCAGGUCCCUGUUCUCAGAAGCAAUGUCCCGCGACUUCCAGGUGUCAGGUGAAUCGACUUGAUCUUGCUACAUGUGUGCCAGAGUUCCGAGGGUGUGGUCAGCCUCAAGAAGUGACAAACGCCACCAACACGUACGAGGGUCACUACCUGGGGAGUGUAACAACCUAUACGUGCAGGCAGGACUUCAGGGCCUGUUAUGACAAAGUUACCAGCAUCUGUCAAUCAUCUGGACAAUGGGAGAAUUUGACGGCUGGCCUGUGUGGUCAGUUUAUUUGGCACAAUCCGGUCCUGAGGGUUCACUAUGCACUUCCAUGUGGGCCAUCAGACAAGUUCAGGGCGACUGUCACUGGAACACCGACCCACGCUAACAGUCAACACAGGUGGAAUAUCUGGCUAUGGAAAGACACGGAUGUGCUUGCCUUAUCAGAGUUCCGUUUUAACUACGAUUCUUAUAUGAAUGUAACAGUCAUGAACACUAAAAUUAAUGGUUUAUGGGGCCAACCGGUUCGUGUUCAGAGUCUUCCCAUGACUGUAGGACAAGAAACAGAGGUCCAGAUAACAUUCCACGGUGGAAUAUACAGGCUGGAUAUCGAUGGCAAGAGCAUGUUUAACUUCACUGAGAGAGUGCCAGGGGCAAAGCCGGCCUCCAUCUACAUAGAAGGAUCUGUCUCAGUUCGAAUGAUAGAAAUCUUGUUGUAUUAAAUUACAUGACUCAAAUUGGCAUUGUGGGGAAUAAGGCUCAGAUAUUAGUUCGUGUUGGGACAGCUUAUAAUUCUUGGGAUGGGAUGAUUGGGUGUGUGUGUAUGCGUGUGUGUGUGUGUGUGUGUGUGUGUGUGUGUGUGUGUGUGUGUGUGUGUGUGUGUGUGCGUGCGUGCG